UCACGAAAGGUUUGAAGAGUGAUAAGAACCAGUAUAUAAGCGGACCAUGAAACAGUAUGACGAAGACUCCUGUCUCGUAUUCCUUGAGUGAAAUGCCACUUGUUUCCUUCGCGGAAAGGUGUUCCAGUCUAGCAAGUUUUGAAACAACUUGUGUGAAACAGUUAAUUAGACACAAACUGAUUCAGCAGAACUUGAAUUCAAAAGGGUACCACACCAGACAUAAACUUAUGGGCCGAUAUGUAUUGGUUGUGGUGGAACUGGAUGGACAAAUUCUUCUAUCAGAAGAACUAGAGCAACUUGAAAUAUAUUGCAGGUGACUCUUGCGAAGUCUUUCUAAGGUUUUGACGUCUAUUUUCUUCUGGUAAUUUUGUGCGUAAAGACUUGAGCCUAAUCCAAAAUUCGGAGCUGGAACCGAUUGGCAGCAAGUGUCUGAUACGAGAAGUCUUCUAGGAUAAACUGUUUGCAAUUUGGGAUAGAAAUGAGCUUCGCUGUUCCUCGCACGAAGAAAUUGCUUAUGAGACCCUAAAGUUAAAACUAAUGUGAGUGUUGAGCGUUUUUGCGGUAGGAAGUAAGGCUAUUUACUGUCGUGAAAAGGAAGUGAAAUAGUACAACUCACAAACUUUUUGGCGACUAGAUUGCACACCAAGACAGUAGAUUUGAGAGUAUUAUUCUUUAGAACUAAACGCAGUUCCGAAGGCUGUUCUGAUAUAGAUCUCCAGUCCUAGAUAGAAAGAUUUCUUUAGUUUCGUAUAUUCUUAUUCUUAACGCAUUAAUUAUUGUCUCUCCUCGGAAUAACAAGAAUUUUUUUAAGAGAUUUGCGAUACCUUGAUGAAAAUCUGUGAGAACAUGCAAGGAUGCUACGUGGUGCCAGACAUUUUUUGAAAAAUGAUAGGAUGUAGAGGAAGCCUUUAAAGCUAAAAAAAUCAAAAAAAACUAUCCAAUAGAGGAUAGAACUAUGAGACAGAAAAUAAACAAGAAUGAUUAGAA